AUGGGAAAUAUUCACAGCGAUGUGACGGCUGGCGUCAAAAAACAGGCCGUUUCUAACAAAAAGAUAUAUUCUUUGGUUGACGUCAAGAAAGGAGGAAUACUUGUCGAUAUCAUGAGGAAUGCCAUCAGAACCGGAGAUUUCACCAGAGUUGACAAUGAGAUCCAAGAAAUAGUGAGACCUUUUCUAUACAAUGGGGGCGAAGGCAAGAAAGUAUCCAUUUGUCAGUUGAUUCGUUUGCGUAAUAAAGAUGCCUUUGGCAAUAAAUUAAUCCUCAAUUCAAAUGAUCAAGAAAUUGAUGAAGACUAUGAAGACAAUGAUAAUAAAACGAUUUUGGUGUCGACGCCUAUUCACGUAGAACUGGCCCGACACAUUUACUUGGAUGAUGAGUAUUAUGGUGAGGGAGCUCUUCAUAUGGCUGUUGUGAACGAAGACCUAUCGAUGGUUAAGUAUCUGCUGAACAACGGGGCAGAUGUUCGGGCCCGGGCUAUCGGCAAAUUCUUUUGUGUGGACGACCAGAAAGAGUCGCGCGAAGGAGUCUUAGAGCAUGAAUGGUAUCAAAUGAAAACUGAGACCAAUUAUAUGGGGUUUGCAUAUCACCUCUUCCUGUCAUACAAACAAUCCAUAAACUAA